GCAGACGAUGAGCACUACAUCCCGCGAGCUGUGCUGCUGGACCUGGAGCCCCGCGUUAUCCACUCCAUCCUGAACUCCCCCUACGCCAACCUCUACAACCCAGAAAACAUCUACCUGUCUGAGCACGGAGGGGGCGCUGGGAACAACUGGGCCAGCGGCUUCUCACAGGGAGAAAAAAUCCAUGAAGAUAUUUUUGAUAUAAUAGACAGAGAGGCUGAUGGAAGCGACAGUUUGGAAGGGUUUGUGCUCUGCCACUCCAUUGCUGGUGGAACGGGCUCGGGGCUGGGCUCGUACCUCCUGGAGAAGCUCAAUGACAGGUAUCCCAAGAAGCUGGUGGAGACCUACUCGGUUUUCCCAAACCAGGACGAGAUGAGCGACGUUGUGGUGCAGCCGUACAACUCUCUGCUGACGCUGAAGAGGCUGACUCAGAACGCCGACUGCGUGGUGAGCGUCCCGCUGCGUGCCAGACCAGCAGCGCAGCCAGCCCCUGUGCAGCAGCCCGCUCCCAGCCGCUCUGAAGCGCAGCCUUUGCUGGGGCAGGUCUCCACCAUCAUGUCUGCCAGCACCACCACGCUGCGGUACCCCGGGUACAUGAACAACGACCUCAUCGGCCUCAUCGCCUCGCUCAUCCCCACACCGCGGCUGCACUUCCUCAUGACGGGGUACACGCCGCUCACCACCGACCAGUCGGUGGCCAGCGUGAGGAAAACCACGGUCCUGGACGUGAUGAGGAGAUUGCUGCAGCCUAAAAACGUGAUGGUGUCCACAGGCAGAGACAGGCAGACCAACCACUGCUACAUCGCCAUCCUCAACAUCAUCCAGGGAGAGGUGGAUCCUACGCAGGUCCACAAGAGCCUGCAGCGGAUCCGAGAGAGGUCGCCGUACCUGCCGUCUGCUCACCGCGUCAGCGGGCUCAUGAUGGCCAACCACACCAACAUCUCCUCGCUGUUCGAGCGGACAUGCCGGCAGUACGACAAGCUGCGCAAGCGGGAGGCCUUCCUGGAGCAGUUCCGAAAGGAGGACAUCUUCAAGGACAACUUCGACGAGCUGGACAACUCCCGGGAGAUCGUGCAGCAGCUGAUCGACGAGUACCAUGCGGCCACGCGCCCCGACUACAUCUCCUGGGGCACGCAGGAG